CCGUCCUCAGAGUGUGCCGGAAACUACAACUCCCGGCGUCCCGCGCGCGGGGGCCGCUUCCGGAGACGUGGCUGGGUCUGGGGAAAAUGGCGUCUGCGGCGGCUCCGGGCCCGGCCGGGCAGGGGGGGGACGCGGACGAGCUCUUCGACGUCAAGAACAGUUUCUACAUCGGCGCCUACCAGGCCGCCAUCAACGAGGCGCAGCGGGUCAAGCCGUCCAGUCCGGAAAGGGAGGUGGAGCGGGAUGUCUUCUUAUACCGAGCCUACAUUGCCCAGAGAAAAUAUGGUGUUGUUCUGGAUGAAAUCAAAGCCAAUGCUUGCCCUGAGCUCCAAGCAGUUAGAAUGUUUGCAGAAUAUCUUUCAAACGACACUCAGAGGGAUGCAAUUGUUGCUGAUUUGGACAAAAGGAUGGCAAAAAGCGUUGAUGUGACCAAUACGACUUUCCUGCUGAUGGCUGCUUCUAUCUAUUUCCAUGACGCAAACCCUGAUGCGGCCCUGCGCACACUACACCAAGGAGAAAGCUUGGAAUGCAUGGCGAUGAUGAUACAGAUACUGCUGAAGCUCGACAGGCUCGAUCUGGCCCGCAAGGAACUGAAGAAGAUGCAGGAGCAAGAUGAGGAUGCUACCCUCACCCAGCUGGCCACUGCCUGGGUGAACCUGGCUGUAGGUGGGGAGAAAUUACAGGAUGCCUAUUACAUCUUCCAAGAGAUGGCAGACAAAUGCUCAUCUACCCUGCUUCUGCUGAAUGGACAGGCCGCCUGCUACAUGGCACAGGGCAAGUGGGAAGAUGCAGACGGUGUGCUCCAGGAGGCGCUAGACAAGGAUAGCAGCCAUCCUGAGACCCUGAUCAAUUUUGUUGUCCUGUCACAGCAUCUGGGUAAACCACCAGAGGUUACCAAUCGCUACUUGUCACAACUGAAAGAUGCCCAUAAAAGUCACCCAUUUAUACAGGAGUACCAGGCAAAGGAGAAUGACUUUGACCGGCUGGUCAUGCAGUAUGCCCCCAGUGCAUGAGGACUCAGCGGAUCCACGCUAUGGUACCUUGGGAACAGGGGGUGAUGUGCAAAGCCUCUCUGGCCUUGUGGACAGAGUUCAUUCUGCAAGUCGGUCUGGCAUCCGUCUCAGCAUGGCAGGGUCUUGUGUUUUCAGCAAGCCGAUGCUGAGCAUAUAUGUAACACAUGGAGACUUGUAGCCUAGAACCCUAUGUCCUGACUUAACUAGGUUCCAAACUCCUUGUUUAAAAUACAGUGCAUGUCAAGAGUGUGCAACACUGUACCUUAAACAUGUCUAAUAAAGCCUUUUGUGGAUUGGUGUGGCCCUUC